GUAGUCAACCUCGAAUCAUCAUGGAGAAAUCUACUGAUAUAGAAGAGGCAAGCUUGCUGGAUAUGGUGUUUUCUUGGUCUUUUUCAGACAUUCGCAACAAAAAUCUUUACAAGGAUAAGAUGAAGCGCAUUCCUGAGGUGUUUUCAUCAACAACUGACUACACAAGCGCGUUCAAAAUCCCGCUUGCUGAGGAAACUCGUGAGGGUGUAUGCUCUGGAAUGGAAUCCGUAGGCCAUGCUCCUGCUUGCGAGAUAUCAAAUAUUCAUAUGUAUGCAUAUAACCAGGCUUCUAAUCCAUUACAGUGUUACAUUUCAACCAGAAAAAUUACAGGUUUCAGUGUAGCACAUUAUGAGCCAAAGCCAGGGGACCUCAUUGUUAUUUCAGUUAGAAAGCCGCGAAGGAUUGAAGAUUUGAAUGAUCAGCUGUCUGGAAAACCAAUAAUUCUUGCCUUGGUUGUUAGACCUAUUACAACAACAGAUGAUUCUGACAAAACACAGUUUCAGUUAUCCAGGGAAGUUGAUCCUGAACUGCUAUCCAGACUAGCCAACAAGCGCGUAAGACUUUUUGCAACUUAUUUGGUUAACUUAACCCCGAAUUUGAGGAUAUGGGAAGCACUUAACCCUUAUCCUCAAGGGUUUAGCAUGGACCUUGCUCUGAAGGUUCUAAAGCCUAACUUUCAUACAGCUGAGGACUGCAGUAUAUGCGUCUCUGUUGGGAACUUUGUAGCUGUGGAUUCAAGAGUACGAGGGGAAAUCGAACCUUUCAAGCUAGAUAAAUCCCAAAAAGCUGCUGUUUUAAGUGUUCAUUUGAUGAGAAGAUGCACACACCAAAAAGACAGUGUUAAACUCAUAUGGGGUCCUCCUGGUACAGGAAAGACAAAAACAGCUGCUUCCCUUUUGUUUUCACUUCUCAAAUCAAGAUGCAGGACACUAGUUUGCGCUCCUACAAACAUAGCAGUUCUGCAAGUAGCUAAAAGGCUUAUGGGGCUGCUCUUACAGUCCGAGUACAUUACGUAUGGCUUGGGUGAUGUGCUUCUGUUUGGAAAUCGUGAAAGAAUGAAGGUGGAUGAUCACGAUGAGCUCUUAAACGUGUUUUUGGACAAUCGAGCUGAAGUUCUUUCCACAUGCCUUUCACCUACUACUGGUUGGACGCAUAGCUUGAUUUCAAUGAUUGCUUUACUUGAAGAUCCUGAAAAGGAAUACAAACUGUACUUGCAAAACAGAGGUGGUUCUUCUUUGCUUUCAUGGCUUUCUUCUUGGAUUUGGAAACCCCAGGUCAAGGAUUCUGAGAUACUGUCAUUAGAAGAAUUUCUGAAGGAAAGAUUCUAUUCUAAUGAUGAACAUUUAGCAUUCUUGACGAAGAAUCUUUACACCAACUUGCCAACAUCAUUCAUUACAUUAGAUGUUGUGAAGAAAAUGAUAAGAUUGCUUGAUCUGCUUAAAGAACUUAGAGAAGCACGAGCAAGAAUCGAUCAUGACCAGAUAUUUAGAAUUAAGAAGAUUGAGAUCCUUAAAAUUCUGAAUUCCCUUCCUAAGCAAUUCUUUCAUCCAAUUCUCUCAUGUUCUGGGAUUCCUGACACACAAUUAAUCAAGGAUUUCUGUUUACAGAACAGUUAUUUGAUUUUCUGCACAGCCUCGAGUGCUGUUAAAAUGAAAACAACCUUGGCACCAGUGGAAAUGUUGGUCAUUGAUGAAGCUGCACAGUUGAAAGAAUGUGAGUCCUUGAUUCCAUUUCAAGUUCCAGGGCUCAAAAAUGUGGUUUUGAUAGGCGAUGAGAAACAGCUACCAGCAAUGGUUCAGAGCAAGGUUGCGGGAUAUGCUGAUUUUGGACGGAGCUUGUUUGAAAGGCUAGCAAAACUCGGGAAAAAGAAGCAUCUCCUUAAAAUUCAGUACAGGAUGCAUCCUUCCAUUAGUCUAUUCCCUAAUAAAGAGUUUUAUGGGAAACAGAUUAUAGAUGCUCCAAAUGUGAAAGAAAAAGCCUACUGCAAGCGUUUUCUUCAAGGAGACAUGUAUGGAACCUAUUCUUUCAUCAAUGUAAGAGGAGAAGAGAAUUUCGAUAAAGGUUAUAGCCCCAGAAACUUGGUAGAGGCCGCGGUAGUGAAUGAAAUUGUUGCAAAACUCUUUAAGGGGUAUUGUACCUCAGGUCAAAAAGUAAGUGUUGGAAUAAUAUCACCUUACAAGGGUCAAGUUGGUUUGAUUCAAGAACAAAUUGGUAAGAAAUAUGCCAAAUACAAGGAUACUGGUUUCUCUGUGAGUGUUCGUUCUGUUGACGGAUUUCAAGGUGGAGAGGAGGAUGUCAUAAUAAUUUCGAGUGUUCGAAGUAAUGAGAAUGGAGAAAUUGGCUUCCUUUCCAAUCACCAGAGAACAAAUGCAGCCCUAACAAGAGCAAGGUACUGUCUGUGGGUAGUAGGAAAUGGAACAACUUUGACCAAUAGUAGAUCUGUGUGGAUGAAACUUGUGAUCAGUGCCAAAAAUCGAGGAUGCUUCUACAAUGCAGAAAAGGAUAAAGAUCUUAACAGAGCUAUGACAGCAGGAACUGAUGUUGCAGAGUCUUUAUCAGGAAAGCUAUCUGGUAUCAAGUUAAGGGACGGUUAUGGAGAUUCGAGUUCAGUUUCGAGGCCAGAAGGGGAAAAGAAAGUUCCAUAAAUGAUGCAGAAAAUGGUGAAUGAACAAGACUGCAGGGAAGACUACUUGAUGGUUGUUGGGUUACUUAUUCUGUCCUACAAAAGGGGGAAAACGAAAAAUUAGCUUAUUUUGACUUAAAAAUGUUAAUACUAAUAGAGAUUUUGGGUUUUUUCUAGUGCAAACUGUCAUCUCUGAAGAUAUUGAACUUAGUAGUAGUCAGAAGGAAAUAAAAUAUCAUCAGGGGGUAUGUUAAACA